GCAGUGGCAAGACAGGAGGAGCUCGAGGCGUGUCGCGCGCGAUGGUGUGCAGCAAGCACAUGGCCUCAUGGCUGCCUCCACGGCCGAUGUUUUGCAGGAUGACAAGCAAGAGUGGGAUUGGUCCAGCCAAAAAUGGUGGGAUCAGUGGAAUGACGAGUCGUGGAAGUGGGAUGAGCGGUGGAGUGCGAAGGGCACAGACGACAAGCAGUGGGUCGAGCCGAAGGAUUCAUGGUGGGCCUGGGAAGGCCGCCCAUACUGGAACGAGCAGGGCUGGAAGUCAGAAGAGGACGAGAGCUGGGGAGAAUGGAGAAGCGGCGACGAGCAUGGAAGCGGGAAACGUGGGACAGAAGCGGAGCAGGCAGGCAAGCCGCAAGCCGCAGUCUCUUUGGAGGCCGAAGACAAGAAGCUCAAGGACAGCAAGGACGGCAAAGAAAAAGCCAAAGAGAAGAAGGACAAGAAGGAAGACAAGAAAGUAAAGAAGCCGUGUCCAGCUCUGGCCGACUGCCCGAUGGAUCCGAUACAGGCUUGGAAGCUGCAGCAAGCGCGCUUGGGGAGCAAGGAGAAGACCUUAGAAGAGCUUCGAUCCUCCCAGGCACGAUGGUCGGUGGCCUUUGACAUGUCUGACGAGGACCAAGACGGUCUUAUCACGGAGAGUGAGUGCAGCAAGGCCUUCAAGAGGAUUCUCGGAGCCAAUGCUGAAAUGCCGAAGUACCGGCUGAAGGAGAUGUUUGACGAGAUGGAUGUGCUAGGAAAGCAAAGGUUGGACUUCCGGCAGUUCCACAAGUUGGCCGCUGAGCUUUCGAAGUACAUGGCCGACAACCCAAAGUGGGCCAAAGAAGAGGAAGACAAGGCCGAGAAGGAAGAGAAGUUGAAACAACAGCAGCUUCGUGAACGUGCGAAGAGCGAUGCUUCUGAUGUCUUUGCAAUUCUUGGCAUAGCUAAGUCCAAGGACGUCCAGGAGACAGAGCAAAGGAAGAACAUGGCUUUGAAGCAGGCCAACGAGGCCAAGGAGAUGCUCAAGGCUGCGGGGCAACAGGUCCUGGAGCCCAAGCAUGCUCGAGACCCUCGUGGCCGGCGCUUCACGUCGGACGGCACCACCAGCCCCACGAAGAAGCCGGUCGACGAUCCAGGCUCUCCUUCAGCCCGGAUCACAUCCGUCACUGUCAACCGACGCGCUGGACGAACCGGCGGCCGCCGUGCAACUGUGGAUCCCUCCGCGGGGGUCGCUCCGGCGACGAUCCUUUGCAUCAAAAGCGCCAUGCGGCGAUCCCGGUCCCCGCGGCUUAAAGUGGACACGGUCAAGUUGACGAGCCAGAUAGCUGGCUUCGGGCGCUACCCGGCGAAUCGCCCACCUGGCUUGCGAGUGCGUGUUGGCCGCGAAUGCAGCAGCAUGGAGGUUCAGAACUUGAUGGAUUGCUGGGGUGAUGCUGCGGGCUUCACGACGUCCGAGGUGCUGCAGGCCAUCAGGAAGCACAUGCUCCGCGACCACGGAUCUGGAGGGUCGCUUCGUUUCGGUAUUGCUGGCAAUGAGAACGAGGGUCUCCAGAUACAAGUGUUCCCCAGCCAGAGAGCUGGCUCGUCAACACCUCGGUCGACACCCCGUUCCACACCUUGUUCGACGCCACGAUCGAACAAUGGUCGAGGAGGCUGGAUGAAGGAGGAAGAUGGUGAUGCAGAUCGGCGAGAGGUGCCGGUUCCAGGUCGCCUCAGACUGCAGCGAAGGGCCACGUCCGGAAGUUUUCGAGCACCAGCAGAAUGCGGCGAUGCCAAAAUGUCCAAGUGGAUCUCGUGGGUCCUCAGAGCUGGCUACCAACAAUUGGGAAUCCGGCUGUGGGAUGGUUGGCUAGAGCUGGAUGCCGUCAAAGAUGACGUGCCGUGGCACAUGGGCCGCUUUGGCAAGGGUGAGUUGGAAGGCUACAUUCGUGACAUUGACAUUGAGGGCCGCUUCGAUUUCUGGAAUGGCUGGCUCAAGAAGGUGCCCCAUGACCGCCGACAGCCUAGGAAUGCCGGAUGGGUGAAGGCAGAGGAAAAGGAGGAGCAAGACAACGACGACAGAUUUUCCGAGCUUGAAGAGAUCGACAAGGUUGUGAAGACAGAGGAUCUGCCGAAGCUCCACUUGCAGGGGUACGGCCAUGCAUGUUUUGCACUGCGCUUCUCGCCUGACGAUCUGCAGCUGGCCGGAGCCUACCUCGAUGGUGGUCUGCGAGUCUUCGACGUAGCUCGAGCGCAGCACCUGCACACGCUCAAUCUAUCGCCGCGCAAUCUUGCGAGGGACGAGGAGAAGGAUGACAUGGAGGCUGCCGCAGAAAAGGCGGCGCUCGAACGUGGCAAACGGCUCUCGAAGCGAGGCACUGCGAUGCUGAACUUGCGCUGGCUGUCAGCAGGACGCACAGCCAACAUUGUCGCCACUGUCGACACAGCUGGUACCGUUGGCUUCUGGGAGGUGACACGCGGCGGAGGCGUGAAGAUUCUGGCGGAGAUGCCUGGAGAGUCCGAGUUGGGGGCGCUGUCCUUCAGCGAGGGCGGAGACAAGUUGCUGGUCGGUGGGCAGGAGCGGGUCGUAAAGGUUUUCGAUGUGGAGCAGCUGAAGUCGAGCAAAGGCCGUGACAUGAAGGAAGAGCUCUGCCUUGGUUCAAAGGAUGCCAUGGUAGGAGACAAGCCUUGCCGCCACAGCUUGAAGAUCAUGAGUCUUCGGUCAGUGCCAGAGCAUCAACACCUGUUCUUAUCCGGCGGAAUGGACAGGAGUGUCCUUCUGUGGGACCUUCGUACUCCCAAAGCGCCAUCGGCAUGGAUAUCCGGGGUGGAGCUGAGUGGCGACUCAUUAGACAUCUCCUGCGAUGGCAACACCGUUCUGGCAGGAAGCCACCGCAGCUUGAACCCGCUUCAGCUCUUCGACCUCCGUCUGCUGAAGCAGGCAGACGAGUCAGAGAAAAAGGCUGGGCUCACCAUGACUGCAGUGCAAACAUACCAGUGGUCCGGAGAUGCCUCGGAGAAGGCUGCCCAGCCUUCGUGCAUGGUCUUCCAAGCUGGGUGGGACAGCUUUGACAACACAACAAUUGCAGCUGCCGGUGAGAAAGAGAAUCAGGCGCGGAUCUUCGAACGGCCAAAGAACGGGGGUCCGUUGCGGAUUCUCAGCUCGUUGGAAGGCUACAGUCGUGCCUUCUAUUCUGCCUCGGUCAGUUCAGACGGAAGGACUGCCGCAUUCGGCAGCUCCGACGGCUCUAUCGUCAUCUCGAAUGUCCGCAUCAUGUGA